AUGUAUCAUGCAGGGAUGAGUGAGAAGGCCAAGAAUGAAGCCCAUCAUGGCUUCAUCCAGGAUAAAUACACCACCAUAGUAGCCACCGUUGCGUUUGGUAUGGGAAUUGAUAAGUCAGAUGUCCGCAAGAUCAUCCACUAUGGAAGUCCCAAGGAUAUAGAGAGUUACUAUCAAGAAAUUGGUCGAGCUGGUCGAGACGGUGAUCCAGCCGUCUGUCAUGCAUUUUGGUCGCAAAAGGACAUUGUGAUGAAUAGAUCUCGCAUCAACAAAUCCAUGAGAGAACCGUAUCUUUCUCAUGCUUUCGAGAUGCUUCGGUCCAUGGAAGAAUUCUUGACUUCGAUGCGCUGCAGGAGAUAUCUACUGCUUAGUCAUUUUGAUCCAUCUACUGCUGCUCCAUCGCAGCCUCGAUCAAGUUGUUGCGACAACUGUGAUUGGCAGAUAAAUAACCAACAGGUGAUUUUUAUCUUCUACGAUCCAGAUGGUUCCUCUUCAAAAUGCAUAGAUGUCGGUAAAGAGGCGCGAUGGUUGUUCCGAGUUAUUGAUGAAGUGUACAAAGGUUACAGUGGCCUUGCCAAACCUGUGGAUUUCGUUCGUGGAUUGGAAAAGGAGAAGAGCCGUGUACGCGAUUCGACUCGUUCCUUUUACGGCAUAGGCAAAGAAAGAAGUGACAAAUGGUGGAAGGCUUUAGGAGCACAAUUACGCAUACAUGGUUGGCUCACUGAAAUUAGGAAGGGUGAUAUGGCGUUUGGAGCAUGUGUCAAUUUAUCGAGUAAGGCAAAAAAGUGGUAUCUGGCAAACACUGAGGAAUUAAUGCUAGAAGCGUCUCCGCUCUUGUUAGCAGCAUCUUCCGCUAAGAAUAAGGUCACAGUAGCUGGUCCCUCAAGAACGGGAGGCACUACGGCAAACGUGGAAGAUGAGCCCAAGACUCGUGUUCUUGGAUUGAAGCAGUUACGUAGGUAUCUUCCGGCUACGUCGUAUCCUUCACUCAAAAAGGAAUCUACGGGUUUGCUAGAAGCGAUUCCAUUAGUUGAAGAACUCCGUCGACUUCUGGACAAUGUUCGCAUGGAUUUAUCAAAGGAACAGGAUUGUGGACCGUUUCAGAUAGCAUCCAACAAAGUGCUA